CAGCAUCAAAUCAGUGGCCCAAAAUGGCUACUGGAUGGUAUUGACUUGUUAAAAGUAGUGUUCAAGUUCCAAAAAAAGUCUUUUUAUAAAAAAAAACUAAAAAUAGACAAAAAAUAAAUCAGCAGUCAAUCUUAUAAUCAAGUUAUAAAAUUAUUUAUUGUCUAUUAGUGUUGUUGGAAAGAAAGUAACGCAAGAAAGAGUUCAGGUAAAGGAGUUUGUUUUUCAAUCAACAAGGCCACAAAAUAACGUUUCAGCAUUUGCAUUAUAGCUUACACACUAUUCUUUGGUCCAACUGUAAUUUUUAUUCACAACGAGCCAUGUUUCGGUGAUAAUUAAUAAAAAUUGAAUGGAUAAAGACCAGAAUUGUUUAUUUUUUUACUUUUUUGAAUUAACAGAUUUCGAAUAUUAAUUUUUAAAAAAUAAUAAAUUGGAGUCAAAAAUUAAUUUGCCUCAAUUUACUACCCAGAUAAGCGAAGUUGGGCAACUUGUUUACAUACGGAAAGUAAACCAAAGUACUUGUGAAAAAACAAGCGGUGGUAAUCCAGAAGACUAGCGGUAGAUAGAAGUAUCAGUAGCUAAAAUCCGGUGAGUUCCAACACAAAAUAUAUCUCUGAAAAAAGCGGACUCAAAGCCAAUUAACAAUGUCUGUACAAAGUGUUGCUCUGGCAUCUCUCACGGCCACCUAUACCGACUCGGAGGGCGAGGACGGGGUGGACGACGAGCUUCAGGAGACUAACUCCACUCCCCAGGGUGCCGCCCCUUACAAUAAUGCCCAAGUCGGUCAGCCCCAGCAGGCUCACACCAGUCCCAAAUCUGGGAGAUCAGCCUCCAAUAGCCCGAACGUUGCUUCCGGCGUUGGGAAAAAGUCUAUUAGUAAUUUACCCAAUAGUGCACCGCCCUCCACCUUAGUUACCAAUGAUAAUGUAUCAGUAUAUCAUCAGGUCCAUCGUUUGGUUUCAUAUUUUGAUGAUACAGUUGUCUCGGAUGACGAGGGGGUGUUGAACACUACAACCGAGGGUGAGCCACCAAAUGAAAAUGGCGUAACACCUUCUGUUAAAAGUGCUGAUAAAUCACCCUCACGUCAUUACGGAGAAUUAGUUUCAGAUAGUGGUGAUGACGAUCCUGCUGAUCCAGAUGGUAUUGUUAUUCCACCAGAACCAGUCGGUCAGUAUCCGCCAGAUUUGCAGGAAAAAAUAACGGUACUUUUCAGGAAAAUGGAGUCUAAAGGAGGAGUUGACAUGAAUCAAGCAAUACAACAGCGUAAAGAUUUUCGAAAUCCUUCGAUUUAUGAAAAACUUAUUCAAUUUUGUAGUAUCAAUGAAUUGGGUACCAAUUAUCCGCCAGAACGUUUUGAUCCAUUUAAAUGGGGAAAAGAUUCUUACUAUGAGGAAUUGGCUAAAGUACAAAAAGCCGAAAUGGACAAAUUAGAGAAAGCGAGAAAAGAAAAAACUAAAAUUGAAAUCGUAUCGGGUACCGCAAAACGACCGAGCAUUUCUGCACCGACUGUUGAAGAGGAUGCCAAAAAAAGAAAAAGCAAAUGGGAUCAAGUUGCUACGGGUGCUGUUAACCCGGCACCCUCCGUUAAACCCACAGUCUUACUAUCACAACCUACUUUAACAAUUAACGCGGCUUCUGCAACAAAAGCUACUGUAAUAUCUGCUUUUGGUUCCUUACCAAAGAAAAGACUGUAACAUAUAUUAUUUUGAAAAAAUCAAACAAACAAACAAUCUCUUGUACAUACUUGUAUUUUUUAUGAUGCCAUUUUUUUAAUUACAGUGAAUACUUUAAUAUACUGAUGCUAUUUUAUUUAAAAUUAAAACGACUGAUGGGUAUUCAUUAGGCUGAUUAAAAAAAAUCGACUAUUAUUUUUUUUCAAGGACACACUCAAAAGUUUCAGUAGUAUAAAAGAAGACGCCUGUCAAGAUUUGAGCCCUUAAUAUUAAUAUUAAGUACUCCCUGAUUUCGAUUUUCUAUUUCUCGUUUAAAUACCAUGGGGAAAAAAAUUUUAAGUUUGGAAUUUUAUACCUCGGCAAUAGCUCACUGUACAGCACAGCUCAAGGUAUAUUUUUUUAAGGAAUUAAACGCUCUACAAAAAAGGUCUCUUAUGAUUAUUGAUAAAUCCAUCUGUUCAAAAGUUAUUGGAGCUUAAAGUCAAAUUUAUAGUAAAUUUCGAGAUCUUUUUUACUUUUCCAGCGAAACUAUCAGACUUAUCACAAAAUGUCAUGAGAUUUUUUUGUAGACAAUUUUAUUUCCUACAAAUUAUCUUUGAUAUUUUUUCAAAUUCUGCAUAACAUUCUAGUUGUUUCCAUUUUGAUGUCGAGCUUUUAACUAGAAAGUCAUGCAGAAUUUGAAAAACUUAUAUUCAAGAUAAUUUGUAGGGAAUAAAAUUGUCUACAAAAAAGAUUCUAUGACAUUUUGUUAUUAUUCUGAUAGUUUCGCUGGAAAAGUAAAAAGAUCUCGAAAUUUACUAUAAAUUUGACUUCAAGCUCCAAUAACUUUUGAACAGAUGGAUUUAUCAAUAAUCAUAAGAGACCUUUUUUGUAGCGCGUUCAAUUCCUUAAAAAAACAUACCUUGAGCUGUUCUUUACAGUGAGCUAUUGCCGAGGUAUAAAAUUCCAAACUUAAUUUUUUUUUCUCAUGUUAUUUAAACGGGAAAUAAGAAAUCGCAAUCAGGGGGUACUUAAUAUUAAUAUUAAGGGCUCAAAUUUUAAUAGUCGUCUUCUUUUAUCCUAUUGAAACUCUUAAGUGUGUCCUUGAAAAAAAAAACGUGGAUUUUUUCAAACGGUCUGGUAUUCAUACUGAUAAUUCAACUCUAUCUAUUUUUGCUCAUAGUGUUUUUUUUUUUUAUAAU